GGUGCCCUGUCUCCCCUAGGCCCACAGGUGCUGCCCUGCAUGGUGACCCUGGGGGACGCGGCCCACAGCAUGGCGGAUGGGCUGGCCCUGGGGGCUGCCUUGGCCAGCUCCUGGCGAGCUGGGGUGGCCACCGGGCUGGCCCUGCUCUGCCAUGAGCUGCCCCACGCCCUGGGGGACCUGGCGGUGCUGGUGCAGGCGGGGCUGAGCUGGCAGCGGGCGCUGGCGCUGGGGCUGGCGGGGGCCCUGCCCAUCCUGCCGGGGAUCUACAUCGGGCUGGCCCUGGGCACCGCAACCGCUGCCCGCACCUGGCUGGGCGCCCUGGCCACUGGCCUCCUCCUCUACCUCGCCCUCUGUGACAUGGUGCCAGCCAUGGUGGCAGCACGGGACCGGCAGCCAUGGGUGCUGCUGGCGCUGCAGAGCACUGGGCUGCUGGCAGGCUGGGGGCUGCUGCUGCUGCUGGCCCUCUACGAGGACAGCAUCCUGCGCUGAGCGCCACCGGCAGCGCCCCCCAGCCCCGCUGAGUGCCAUCCUGGCACCACGUCCUCUGGGCAUGGCCUGGCAUGGCCCAGCACCGCGCCCCAGCACCGAGCACCGGCCCCUGAGCCGCGCCCCAGCACCCCGGCAUGGCCGGCGUGGGCCAGCAU